AGAGAUUGAGCAGCAGUUAGCUGGACGGCUAGCUCACAGCCCCGUUCACAGGGAUACAUGGCCAGUUUAGUCAGUGUAGCGCUAUCACUUAAAUGGGCGUUUCUUCUAUAACCUUAACCAAACCAGGAAGUAAAAUAAUCAACACUGCGGUGUUUUGUGUCAACUCUUCACGGUGAACGGAGGACGAAAGGGCUGCAUUUGGAGCUAACGUUGGUUAGCUAGCUAAUGUUAGCUUGCCAACGCAAUGGCCAACAGGUGUAUCCCAGAUGAUGUAAGGCACAUCUGCCUGUAGAGACCAAGAUGACUGAAGUCCAGGGCACAGUGGAGUUCUCUGUGGAGCUCCACAAGUUUUAUAAUGUGGACCUGUUUCAAAGAGGCUUCUACCAGAUUCGUGCCAGUCUGAAAGUGCCACCUCGGGUUCCGCACAAAGUCGAGGCCAGUCUACUUCACCCAGGAGGCUCAGAUCUGGCAUUUCCUGCUUCAGUCCAAGAUGAUGUAAUCAGCAGCAAAACUUUCCAAAUCCUGUACAAGAAUGAGGAGGUUGUGGUCAACGAUGUCCUCCUCUUCAAAGUUAUGAUGCUGCUUGAUGAGAAAAAGGUGGAAGAGUCCCUCAAUGACAUGGAUUUUCAGCUCUUCCUGGAUUUGUAUUUCACAGAUGGUGAUUACACGCCAGAUGAUCCAAGUUCUCUGCAGAACAUCAGCGGCCGCACUCUUCGUUUGCACUUUAGCCUUCAGCGAGGCAUCCACCAACAUGUCAAUGUCAUGUUUGACUACUUCCAUCUGUCUGUCAUCUCUGUAGCCAUCCAUGCCUCUCUAGUGGCAUUACAUCAGCCCCUUAUCAGUUUGCCUCGACCGGUGAAAACUACAUGGCUUAACCGCAACGCUCCAGCACAGAGCAAAGAUUCAGUCAUCCCACCUUUGGAGAACGUGGUGUUCGGCAGCAGUUAUGUCAAGCAAGUUUCACCUGAUGGCAGGACGUUCUUGGUUUCUGACCACUGUCUGCAGCAUGCCUUCAGUCUCCACCAUAGCCUUUGCUCAAACAUCCUGCAAGCCUACAAAGGCCUCUUUGAUUACUUCACCUCUAUUACCAAGGACCUGCCCUCCUCCCAUCGUAUGGAACUAGCCAAGCCCAGCAUGCAAGUCCUAUAUGAGAGAGUACUCAGAAGACCCUAUCCCAGAAGUCAAAGGCACGUCUACAUAGAACAACUUGACUUAGAGGCCCGUCUGGCUGAUUUAUGUGACCAAGUCAAGCAAAAAGCCGAGUCCCCCGAUGAACUGGCAGAAAUGGUCAACAUGAACCUGGCUCAGCUCUGCUCCCUGCUAAUGGCAUUGUGGGGACAGUUCCUGGAGGUUGUGUCACUGCAAGAGCAUGUUGCUGCCCUGUUAGCCAUGGAGCACCACACACUAAGAGUAAGACGGUUUGCCGAGGCUUUCUUUUGUCUUGAACAUCCCAGACAAUCUGCACUGGCCUAUCAGGAGCUACAUGCUCACAGUCACCAGCAGAUGACUAAUGCUAUCAAAAGCUCCAGCUACUUCCUGUCGUUGCCUCCUCUUCCAGUGGAAUGUGCAGACCUUGAUGGUGAUGUGAGCUCACUGCCGAUCAUCUUCGAGGAUAGAUACCUGGACUCCAUCACUGAAGAUCGAGAUGGUCCCUGGCUGGGUGUGCAAAAUACAAGGACUGGCUCAGUGUCCAGCAAAUCAGACAAGCCUAACUCCAAGGACUGCAGCGCAGGAGCCAGCCCAGUUCCGGAGUCUCGAUGUGCUGCUGUGGAUAACACCUGGCCAGAAAGCUAUGAUCCGCCACCUAAGUCUAAAGGAAAGUCAGUCAAACUGAAGAAAAAUUCAAAGACCGAAAACUCCAAGAAGUUGAUUCGACAAGGCUCAAAAGACUCUGUGGUUCUGGUAGGUUAUAAGAACCUCAAAGCUCCCUUUAGUGACACUAGCACAAAGUACAAAGAAGGGGAGGCUCCUCUCAGCCAGGAAGAACAAGAAACCAUGCAGGCAGACCCUAUUUAUUUAAGGACUAAUGCCAGUUCUGUUGUUGACUCUGGUGCCACAUCACGCUCUGGAAACAGUACUGUUGAUUCUGUUACAGAUGACAGUGGAAUUACUGCUGCUCUUCAAAAAGGUUUUUUCAAAAAUCCAACAAAGUUGGACGGACAGAAUAAUCCUCAGGCAGGUACUGGGGCUAUUGCUACAUGCAACCAACCACUUCAAAAAGACAAACAAGUUGACCACAGUGGCAGAAAGCCACCACAGUGGUCCUCUGGACCGAAGCAGAUUGAGGUGAAACCAAGUAACAAAGACCCAUACCAAGGAGACAAAGUAACAGUUCUUUUACCUUGUCGGACUGAUGGAGCUCUCAGUCGUAAUGUCCCUGAGAUCACCCAGUCAGAUCUUUGUGAUUCAAAACAGUCCAUGUUUGACUCCGUGUUCGAAAGGCCAAGUAAAGAAGCUGCACAGCAAAGUCAGUCCUGUUUAAUGUCAGUAAAGGUAAAGAGUGAUUGUAUCAGGCUGCCGGAUGGAGCAGUCCCUAGUGCCUCGUCUCGCCUUUCAGAUUCAGGAAUUGAUAGCGAAUCCAGCUCCUUUGCCACUCAGUUUGCUGCAGGACUGCCCACCAGUGCAGGGCCAAGUAAUACUGAAUCUGGUGUCGCUGUCACACAGCCAACAGAAAGGCCUCUUUUGAGUCCCGCAACACGGCCUGUCCAGCAUAGUUCAGUGCAGAAGCCUGGUGGGGCUACAGACACUCUUUACCCAGAAAAUACUAGUGCUGUGAGUGGAGUGCAGUCCUCUCUCACUUCUAUUAAUUCUUUGCCUUCUGAUGACGAGGGAGAAGGAUCUUCUAGAGGCUCCAGUGGAGCUGAAGUCAGAGGUAGGAAGUCCAGUGUCUUGGUGCAGGAGCAGAGUGUUGUCUUCUCUGAGGAUAUCACAAACAGACCAGCCAUUGAUGUGACCUGCAACCCAGACUCUGUUUUAGGUGAUUCCAAACUUGGAAAACCUCCCUGUAACUUUGAAACAGACACCAAUUUAUUAGGUGUUUCUGAUCUUGCACAGGAGGGGGCAGCUAGUUCUGGGGCCAGUAAAGAAUCCCGUAGUGAAACCAACACGGCGUGCCCCUCCAGUAAUUCUGGCACUAGUAGCACUGACCUAGUAAAACGGGGGAUGGUAGAGAACUACUUUGGCUCGUGUUCUAGCACUGAUGUGUCUGAGAUCAGUCCUGUAGAAACCUCUGCUAUCACUCUGGGAAUCCAGACGGCAGAAGGGCAGGGUGAGGAGGAUGAGGAAGAGACAGAGCACGAGAUGAUCGAGAACGGUUACUACGAGGAAGGCGAUGGCUAUGCUUUUGUGAAUGGUGUAGCUGAUGAGGAGCAAACAGGGGCUGAUGCAGCUUCUCAUGAGACAAGUCUUCUCUUUGAACAUCUUGGCAUUGGUUACCACCAUGAAACAAAAGAUUUAUCAAAAGCUCCCAUCUGCUCCAAUCAAGCCUCUUGCAGUGUUGGGUAUAGUUUGGGAAGACCUCCUUGUCCCUCCUCCUUUACCUUCAACCUGCGGUGGUAUGAAUGUGCACCCACAUCACAAAUGAAAGCGUUCAUUAAGGCCAAGGAAGAAAUGAAGCAGCUGAAGCUACCUGGCUUCUUGUACAGCGAAGUACCUGAGCUGGCAUCUGCUGUGCCAUACUUCAGCUUGGAGGAAGAUGAAAGCUGCGAUGAAGGCAUCCAUCUAAUAGUCUGUGUCCAUGGCCUGGACGGUAACAGUGCAGACCUGAGGCUUGUGAAGACUUACCUGGAGCUUGGACUGCCCGGUGCUCGUAUAGACUUUCUCAUGUCUGAGAGGAACCAGAAUGACACUUUUGCUGACUUUGAGUCGAUGACCGACAGAUUGCUGGAUGAAAUAGUCCAGUACAUUCAGAUAUACAACCUCACAGUGUCAAAGAUCAGCUUUGUAGGUCAUUCCUUGGGGAACCUUAUAGUUCGCUCAGUGUUAACUCGGCCAAGGUUUAAAUGUUACCUGAGCAGAUUGCACACGUUCCUCUCCCUCUCUGGACCUCACCUGGGCACGCUGUACAACAGCUCUGCUCUUGUUAACACAGGCCUGUGGUUUAUGCAGAAGUGGAAAAAGUCAGGGUCACUCCUGCAACUGACGUGCCGCGAUCACUCAGAUCCUCGCCAAACUUUCCUCUACAAGCUCAGCAAGAAAUCUGGUCUUCAGUUUUUCAAGAAUGUGGUGCUCGUGGGGUCACUGCAGGACCGCUAUGUCCCCUAUCAUUCUGCCAGAAUAGAAAUGUGCAAAACUGCAUUAAAAGACAAACAAACAGGUCCUGUGUAUGCUGAGAUGAUUGAGAACCUGCUGCUGCCAGUACUUCAGAACAAAGACUGUAAUUUAGUGCGAUAUGAUGUCAUUCAUGCUCUACCCAACACAGCCAACUCCCUCAUAGGCCGGGCCGCCCACAUCGCUGUCCUUGAUUCUGAGAUCUUCCUGGAGAAGUUCUUCCUCGUUGCAGGCCUCAAGUUCUUUCAGUAGAACGAGCGCAGAAUCAAACACGCGGCUGGAGGAGAGGGAUGUGGAGCUAAUACCUCACUGCAUCUAAACCUUAUUCUGAUUAUGGUGUCUGAGUUGUCCCUUGCUUUUCUAGAUAAACUUAUCCUCUUUUUAAAAAGUAAUGAGCAAAAUCCCAAUUUGUUCUAUGUUUGAAUCUUGGUGAAUAUGGAGAUUGCCAGUUUUAUUUUUCUACAGCCAUCUUUAAAAUGUUUGUUUUUGUUUGGGAAAUGAUUUCCCCCACCUUAUGCUCUACUUUCAGUGUUAUUUAUGUGUUAUGUUUUCACUUUUAAUGAUUUUCCUCCAAGUUAAUGAUUUCAUUUUAGAUGCUGAACUGGAAAUGUAGCUGCUACAAAAAUGAAACGGUUGUUUUGGUGAGCUGGCCCAAGUCAAGUCUGCACAUACUGUCCUCACCAUUGCAAAUGUUUUCCCACCAGUUCAAAGAGACACUGCAUUGAUUUGCACCACAACUACAUUUUACAAGGUUUUGUACUGUAAAUGGUCAUUUGUACAACUUACUUUUUUAUCAACAAUUUUCCAUCAUUUUUAAAGGCAAAGAUUGCAUUUGAAAUAGGGUUGUUGCUCGGACUUUGCAGCCUUGGCUUUGGUCUUUUAUGCUGUUCCCUACCAUUGCAUCAUUGUGCACAGCAUAUGCCCAGCCUGGUGUUGGGAGAACAAAGCUUUGCUACAACAUAACUACAUUUUAUUACAGGGGUUUUAAGCUAUGAUCAUGAUUUAGAAAAAGCACAUGUUGGUAACAUGAACUUGUUUUAUUGAAAGUAUUUGGUCGGUAUCUUUGGUGAUUAUUUAAGUGUUAAAACUGGAAAGUAUUGCUUGGAAUUAAAAAAAAAUGUUUCUUGGAAAAUUGUUUAUAUAUCAUCAUACUCUACCAUUAAAUAUGCAUAUUAUAAACUUC